AAAGACUGACGCAAAAAUUAAUUCAUUCAAUUAAUGCGACAAAAAAGUGUCCAUUCACUAAAAAGUGAUAGAUAUCCUUGCAGCAGCUCGAGUUGUGAAAAUUGAUGUGUGACAAGAGAAUAGAAAUUUGAAUAAUUUGCGUGAGCGGCGCAUACACAAUAACGGAGAACAAGAAAAAUAAUCAAAAAUUUCACUUGAAAAAUUAAAAAAAAUAUUUUUUGUGACAUGCUUUUGACCAAAAUUAUGUGUCCACAAGACAAGCAAAAUUUAAAUUAGUUUUCAAAACUUAAUCUAGACAAUUUUUGAAUUUCCAUCAAAUAAAAAGUGUGAAAUGAUUUGCGACAACAACUCAGUCUUACUCCAGAAGCGAAACUGAACAGUCAUAAAAACAGUGAAAAAAAUAUUUUAAUAAAAAAAGGAGUAAAGUAAUGAAAUUUUUUAAUUAAUUACAUGGUCAAAGGGAAAAAUUUUCAAUUUCCAAGGAAACCGGAAUUAGGAUACAAAACUUUUUUCUCAUAAAAAAAAAAUCAACGCAGAGGAAAUUCAUUAAUAAACUAACAGCAACAUGAUGAAAUCCCAAAUUUUAAUCCUGCUUUGCUUCUGUCUCUUGCAAGUCAUUAGCUACCCGCUUCUCGGCGAUUCCGACAUCAAUUUGGAAACGGAUUACGAUUUAAUACCACGAAACGUUGCCAAAAAGGAUAUUUUUAUGUCGCGCGGCUGGGGAGCAUCUGGCAUGCCUUAUUCCGCAUAUUGGCUCGAUAAGCCCACGAGCGUUGUUUCGCGUCACAAAAAUCGUCAGCAGCCCACAAAACCGAACGCCAUGUAUGCCAGCAAGGAACAAGACUCAGAACUGAAAAGUGAAGCGAAUAACUUUGAAGCGUUGCGAUCUCCAGCGUAUGGCGACGAUGCCUCGCGAAAUAAUAAGUUGCGGAAAUUGGUGAGCCCACCGAAAAACAAGUACACCGUUCCGCAGUUGUUUAUCUCGUAUGGAUGGGGUCCAAUGGGCUAAAAAAAAUGAGAGAGAUAAUUUUUUUUAUUUGUGAUUUUUUAAAAUGUUUCAUCUCAGUGCUUGAAAUGUUUUAUCUUUAAUGUAUUUAUGUGUAUCCUAAUGACGUAAUUUAAUCUAUAAAAAAAUAUAUAAAAAUUUUAAAUUAAAUGUGUAAGAAAAAAAAUAAUGAUUUUUAUUAUUUAUCUACCGGCAAAAAUUAUUUGACAAAAGAAAUCAAAUUUU